UACACAGUAGUAAUAAUCUUUGUCGUCGUCGUCAGAAGGAAGUUACAGUGUUAUUUACAUCAAUAAACUUAAUUGGUCAUUUUAUCGCCGGCUCUGUGUUCAGCCACACUUUAUGAUAGCAGCACAAAUUCUUAUUAUUCACGCGAAUUAAACUCCGUAGCUAUGGGCGACUCCCCUAAAAUAAAGAUCGGAAUUAUUGGCGGAUCAGGGUUCGAUGACCCCACGCUGUUCGAGAAUCAAAUCGAGAAGGAUGUGACGACACCGUUUGGCAAACCGUCAGAUGUGUUGAUUGAGGGACAGAUCAAAGGAGUUCCCUGUGUACUGCUGGCUAGACAUGGGAGGAAACAUCAAUUCCAGCCGAGCGACGUGAACUACCGCGCCAACAUCUGGGCUCUGAAGCAGGUGGGUUGCACGCAUAUCCUGGCGACGACUGCCACCGGCUCGCUGGUAGAGGAGUACAAGCCUGGCGACCUCGUCAUAUUGAACGAUUUUAUUGACAGAACUUGGGGUCGUAAGUGCACGUUCUACGACCGCACAGAAGGUGGUCCUAAAGGCGUUUGUCACUUACCUAUGCGGCCAGCCUUCUGUGAGCGCGCUAGAAACGCCAUGAUCACUGCAGCUAAGGCCAGAGGUUAUAGUCACCAUGAAACUGGCACCGCUGUCGUUAUACAGGGCCCUAGAUUUUCUAGCAGAGCUGAGAGCCUCAUGCACCGUCAAUGGGGCGGUCAUCUUGUCAACAUGACUACAGUCCCAGAGGUGGUGCUAGCGAAGGAAGCAGGACUGAGCUACGCCGCAGUCGCUCUAGUCACAGACUACGAUUGCUGGAGGGAGAACGAAACAUCUGUAAGUAUACUACUACAAGACAAAUGCGCCAUUUGCGUGUUUAACUGCUUUGAACUUCGAAUUUUAUCUGUAAUUAGUUGA